AUGAAUAAAUAGAGACGUUAGAAAGUAUUGCCGAUCCAACAGAUUUAGGCCAAACUGAAAUAGCUGAAACAAAGUAUAAGAGCUAGUGAGAUCAAGUCUUUGAGAUCAUCUUGUCUAUUCACGGAAAGCACUCCUAAUGAGAAAUUCGAUAUUCUUAAACCAAAGCAGAAUCAGAAUAGCAGUCUUGAUGAAAGGACCAUGUACAUUAAGCCUACUUUCAAGAAGAAGAUGAAAACCACCAAAAGUCCUCAAUCCAUGAAGGCUAAAACAAGCUCAAUUAUAACCAAGUCUAAAACUACUGUGUCACCCCAGAAACAUAUCAAAGAUAUAUUGCAAAGUUACAUUAAGAGCAAAUUUCCAAAGAGUAGAACCACAUCCAAAUCGAAAUCACCUCCAAAGUUAAAAAAAGUCUUAAGUCCUCAAUAAAGAUAGAUCAGAAGUGAAAGCAAAAAGAAGCUGAAAUCAAAGCUAAAAACAACUGUCAGUCCCCAAAUGAAGAAAUCUAAGAAGUUAAAAACUCAGGUGCAAUACUAUCAACCUCAAAUAAGUAAGAUCAGUUCGAUCAGAUUAAAUACCUUCUCUGUAAGCGAAGAUCCUCAUAAAAUGAUAUUGAAUUCGAUAAUCGAAGAAUUGUAGUUGAUGAAUGAGAAACAAAUGAUCGAAUUAUAAUAGUAUCUAAGAAACAUCAAAUAGGAGAAGAAGGAUGAAGCCUUGUAAACGAGCAUACAUGAAAGAUUCGACAUGCAGAAGAAGCACCAGUAAGUGGCAUCUCAAGAAAGCCUCCCUUUAAAUAUCAUUAAUCAGAUAUGUCACCAAAGAGAGGAAGGUAUCAAAUUGAGAGUUGCUAUGCAAAUGGAUGCCUUUAACAAUUUAUUAUAGCAACAAAAAAUAUCUCCCAGAUCUUUUAAGAACAAUAAUCAAGCACUUUAAUAAUGGGAAGUUCAAUAGACUCAAAAAUUGAAUCGGUAUCAAGAACAACUCAAGAAUAUCCAGUAUGUUACUAAUAAAAUACAAUAAAAAACAUUAAAAGACUUUUAAUGCAUAGAAGAAUUAGAAUUAAAUAAAUCUAUUGUUAUUUAAUAGUUAUGUACUAGAAUCAUUAUUUAGAUUAAUCGGAUCUCUAAUUAAGCACUCCGAUACAACAGAAGAAUAUCAAUUUCAAGAGGAAAGAUAUUGUUAUAGACGUUGACUUUUAACCCUAACAAAAUAUAUCUAUUCGUUGAAAUUCUCUGUUAAUAUAUUGUAGAAACCAAUUUGAGCUCGUUUAUCAGAAGAAUGAACUAUCCCUUUGGCCUAUAACCCUUUAGUAAACUAAGACAAAUACAUGGACAUGAAGUAAUAGAGGAUGACAAAUACUUAUACCCGGUCUAGGAAUAUAUCUUCACUGAAUUAUAACAAAAUAGUUCCCUAUAUGAAAAGAUUCAUAAUCGAGCCAUAUUUGAUACUUUCAACGAAAUACUGAACUAAUAUCGGCCAUUCUAUUACAGUAAUGGCUAACCAUACCCUUGGGAAUACAAUAGGAAUCUAGUGGUUAUCUUAUAUGACAGUGAGAAUAUCAAUUUAUUAUUGAUGAAGGCCAAAGAAAAGUUGAUAUUUUAUGCUUCAACUUUGUGCGGCUUAAUAAAUGAGGACGAUGAGGAAAAUGGUGAAUAAUUACUAAAUUAUGAACAAGUCUUGUAGAACUUGAUCAAUUCGGAUUAUUUGUCUCAAUUGCGAAACGAACGGUUAUAGUUAUGUAUAAACAAUGAAUUAUAAGAAUAUGAGUACAUGUGGUCAUAUACAGACACAACUGAAACUUUAGUUGAAAUAACUGAUCACAUUUUCGAAGAUUUAAUAAAUGAAUUAACACUUGAAUUAUAAUGA